AUGGCAACAGGGAAACCGAAGAAGAACCAGGUGUUGAAGCUAAUGGGUUUGGCCCCUGGGACAAGGCUCUUCCACAUCCCCACCAAUAUGAGGUUCACACCUGUCCCCGUCAGAGUGCUGAUCCCUCCAAUGGGCGUCGCGUACACCACCGUCAGAACCACCGCUCUGCUGAACUUGUUCACCACCUCCGAUUGCUCCUGCACCGCCGGCAGUCGCUGCAGGAUCCCCGUCGCCACCGGCAUCAUCAUCACCGCAGCUGCCACGUUGUGCAUCCACAUGCUCACGAAGAAUGUGGUGGCGCAUAGGCCCAGCAGCAGCAGCCUCGGAUUCAGCGGUUCACCACAGAACACCGAUGUCACCUGUAGUAGGGUCAGGUCAUUUCCAUACAUCGUACCACGCAAACAUUAA